GAGUGGAAAUUUCACCUUGCAGCCACAUAGUUUGAUGUCUUCUUCUGUAGAAGAUUUGCCUUGAUUCUUCAUCACUCUGAAGCUCAAUUGUUUUUUCUUGCAGAUUAAAUAAUUGGUCUCCCACUGUGCAAAUGAAUAGACUUGCAACCCAAGCAAGUAUUUUCAAAUCAAUUCAGUAUUUAAAUCAAAUCUCAAAGUCGUUCUUUAGUGCCUACAGAUGAAAGCAAAAUUCUUCUAUCAAAAUCUGAGUAGGAUGUUUUCAGGAAAUUCAUGCUGAGAAACUAUUCAAAAACUCUUCCGUCAGUGUUAUGUAAUUCCUGCUUCACAAUGGAAUUAAUUAAAUUAAUUAAAUUGCAAUUAUCACCUUGAAAUUGCAUAUUUUGCAUAUUCAUUAUUCGCUGUGCAAAUAUUGAAUUUUAUCAUAUAAUUCAGGUCAGCACACAGCAGAAAUGGAACCCAAAUACUCCAAUAAAAAUUAGCAGUCAAAUCAAUAUGUUCUGAAAGUCUGUAGCAUUUCAGUGACAAACAUUGCUCUAAAACAGGGGUGUCAAACUUAUAUCAUCAUGGCAUCACCUGACAUAUCAGGACUUUUUCCCCCUUCACUAAACCAGGUGGGGGCGGGGCAGCACGUGACAUUCGGCCUGCAAGCUGUGAGUUUGACACCCCUGCUCUAGAAUAUUGAACAAACUAGGAGAAAUGAUUGCAGAACCAUGCUCAAUAGUGUUUGACCUCUUGGACAACUAGGAGGCCCCAGAAAAGUGGAGAAAGGUAAACCAUUUCCCUACCUUCAAAAAGGUGAAGGAACACCUGAGAAAUUAUAGAUGACAAAAUCAAAGUCUUCAAACAGAUGAUAAUGAUAUUAUUUUUGUGCCUUUGAGUCAAUGUGGAUUUCUUGCCAGGACAAAUCAUUGUAAUUUUCUUGACAAGAUUUCAGAAGUGGCUUUCCCAAGUUCACCAAGUUCAGGUUGGCUUUGUACCUAUAAUGGGACUAGAAUUCAAGUUUCUUUUGGUUUUAGCUUGAUGCCUGAUUCACUACACUAAACUGGCUUUAAAACAGAGUAUUAAAUGGCAAAUUUUUGAAGUAAAUAUGAGUCAAGAUGGAUAUGUCAAAACAAGUAAUGCUAGAUUAUUUUUAAAAGAUGGGGAGGGGGGAACUGCUUUGGAUUUACUAUACCUUGAUCUCACCAAAGCUUUCAACAGUGUCUUAAUAUAUUGUCAUUAUUAAAAUAGUAAAAUAAGAGCUAGAUUAUACAACUGUUAAAAUGAAUUCAUAAUUGGUUAAAUUAUCAUAUUCAGAAAGUACGAUAUUUGUGACUGGCUCCAAAACAGAUUGGAAACUAUCAUUACAUGGAUCAACAAUUGGAUUAAUUACGUGGUUGCAGAGGGCAGUUAUCAAAUCUGCAGAGGAAUACCUCACUGCUGUGGAAAAAAAGUAUUUAAUAAAAUAAAUAGUCAUAAACAAUGGAUUGAAAUGAACAAGAUCAGAUUUAUUGGGGGGAAAUCUCUGGAAAUUGGAUAACAAAAAUGCAAUGUCAGAGAGGCAUCAUGUGGGAGUAGUAAAAGUGAAAAGGAUGUUGAUGUCUUUUUAGCUGCAAGUUAAAGCAAGCAGAGUGAUGCAGCUGAUAAAAAGGCAAAUGGUACAUUGGAAAGAACAUAAACAAAAAGCAGAGGAUAGCAGUGAGGUGGCAUCAUUAUUGUUAUAGCAACUUUUGGUUUUGAUGUUUCUAUCCCAUUUUCAUUUAUAUUUUUGCAUUUAGAUAUCUAAUGAAUAAUUGGCUUCUCAGACUUCUCCCUUCAAUAUGGAUACAGAUCUUCUUUACACACAGUCCUGAAUGAUAAGGAAGGAAUUAUUUCAAUUUCUUCUAAACAGUGUGUCCUUUAAGCAUCAGAGACCGGUGAUUCAAAUGAAUUUGUUAAUCAAGUUCAUCAGUAAUCUUGAUUACAACUAUGGUAGUAAAAAAAAAAGGCCAAAUAUUACAUUUAUUGCAUUGUUAUGGAUUUAACAAUUAUAUCUAUCAUACAACUGAAUUCUGUAUGCUUUUUUUUACAGGGGUGUGCCAAGAAAAGAAAAUGAUUCAAAGAAGAUGACUUCUCUGAUCCUGAUGACUUCCCAGUGUUUGUUUCUUCAUUCUCAGUCUUAAAUAUUUGGCUGGCUUCUUGCAAAAAUGAUCCAGAACUAACUUGGCAGUGAAAUUUUACAAGCAUUCAUUCCCUGACUACUCUGUCUUUUUUACUUAUGAUGAUCAUCUCCACCAUCCAUGGUUUGGAAGACACUGUCUGCGAACACUGCCAAUUGUACCUAAUUCCUGCUUCUUGCCCUCUGAUGAACUCCUCUAAAUUUCUGUAUUCCAUGGUGCAUUUUUAUGAUGUAAAAUGCAUGAUGAGGUGUUCUUCACUUGGAUAAUUUGCAACACCUCUGUGUUUGCCAAAAGAGAAAUGCACAGCCCUAAAGUGGAUACAUCUGGUUUGAUCAACUGAAGAAAGCAACCUGGACUUUUUCUCAAAGAAUAUGUCAGAAUGUCACAAUGAUCCCAUCUAGCAACAGCACAAUCCCUUCGUUACUUCCAAAUGUGAGCACCUUCUGGAUUCGAGACUCGCAAAGAAAAGGAGUUCCCAAUGAUGCUCCGUUGUUUACUAGCACCUAUGGCCCUUCCCAUGCAAACAGGAGCUUUUUCUUCUCUACCAUAGGCAUGACCAAUGUGUCCCAUGCUCCUCCUGAUCCUCUGGGAGGACAUGCUGUCUGGCAAGUUGUCCUGAUUGCUUUCCUCACUGGCAUUCUGGCCCUUGUCACCAUCAUCGGAAACAUCUUGGUGAUUGUGGCUUUUAAGGUCAACAAACAGCUAAAAACAGUUAACAACUACUUUUUGUUGAGUCUUGCUUGCGCGGAUCUGAUAAUUGGUAUUAUUUCCAUGAACCUUUUUACCACAUAUAUAAUCAUGGGCCGCUGGGCUUUGGGAAACUUGGCCUGUGAUCUAUGGCUUUGCAUUGACUAUGUGGCAAGCAAUGCUUCUGUCAUGAAUCUACUGGUCAUCAGUUUUGACAGAUAUUUUUCCAUCACGAGGCCACUUACCUAUAGAGCUAAACGAACAACCAGAAGGGCUGCAGUGAUGAUUGGCUUAGCUUGGGUCAUCUCGUUCAUCCUUUGGGCUCCUGCUAUUCUGUUCUGGCAAUAUUUUGUCGGGGAGCGGACUGUCGAAGAGGGUGAAUGUUAUAUCCAGUUCCUAAAUGAACCUGUACUCACUUUUGGCACUGCCAUAGCUGCCUUUUAUUUGCCAGUUACUAUUAUGAGUAUCUUGUACUGGAGGAUAUACAAGGAGACAGAGAAACGUACCAAAGAGUUAGCAGGACUCCAGGCUUCUGGGAGUGAGGCUGAGGCAGCGUGCUUUGUCAACCAAACAGGAAGUUCUAGAAGCUGUAGCAGUUAUGAACUGCAGCAGCAGAACACAAAACAUACCAAACGAAGAAAAUAUGGGGGCUGCAACUUCUGGAUGACAUCCAAGAGCUGGAAACCCAGUUCAGAUCAGGUUGAUCAGGAGCAUAGCAGCAGCGAUAGCUGGAACAACAAUGAUGGCAACGCAUCCCUUGAGAACUCCGCCUCUUCUGAUGAAGACGACAUUGCCUCGGACACCCGAGCCAUCUACUCCAUUGUACUAAAGCUUCCAGGACAUGGUACAAUUCUCAAUUCUGCGAAACUGCCUUCAUCAGAAGAUCUGCCUGGGUCAGAAGAUGAACUGCAGAAGUUGGGCACAGAGUCAAAGGAGCAGAAACCAAAAAGGCUUCAUCCACAAAAGAGCAUGAAUGAUGGGAAUUUACAGAAAUGCUUUCCCAAGCUUCCAGUUCAACAAGCAUCUGCAGUAUAUGCAGGAAAGGCUUCAGGCUGCAAUUCCACAGGGAUGAAGGGACCUAAUGCCUUACCUUUGUCAUUCAAGGAAGCCACCCUGGCCAAGAAGUUCGCCUUGAAGACAAGAAGUCAGAUCACCAAACGAAAGCGAAUGUCACUUAUCAAAGAAAAGAAAGCUGCACAGACACUUAGCGCCAUUUUGUUUGCCUUCAUUAUCACCUGGACCCCAUAUAAUAUCAUGGUCCUGGUAAAUACUUUUUGUAAUUGUAUCCCAAAAACAUUUUGGAACCUGGGGUAUUGGCUUUGCUACAUCAAUAGUACAGUGAACCCUAUGUGCUAUGCACUAUGUAAUAAAAAUUUCAGAACCACAUUCAAGAUGUUAUUGCUCUGUCAGUGUGACAAACGUAAACGACGUAGACAACAAUAUCAGCAGAGAUCAUCAGUCAUUUUUCACAAGCGGAUUCCACGGGAAACUUCAUAGAGUAGUAUUUUUUAACCACAAUAAUAAACAUUAAAGGAAGGGUGGUUGCUGGAGCCAACUACAUAUCUUCAGAGAUGUGAAAGUAGCAGCCUGGUGUAUGUAUCCUUUUAAUACUUCCUGUAUACUGUAACAGUUGAAGCCACAUAAAGCAAAAACAAAUUACAAAUGUAUUUAUUAAAGAACAAUCAGAUAUCUGAAAAUUUAUCUAUACAAUUCCAAAAAGCUGCAUAUGAUCUAUUCAGUCCUGCACUUGUUAAUCCAUUCUGGGAUCUCAGGAGAGCACACAUGUAGCUAGCCCACUCCCAAUAUGCUUUUCUGAUAAAUCUAGUAGGAUCCAAUAUGUCACCAAUUGGACUGAUCUAUUUCAAAAUGUGGGUAUAUGUGUGUUCCGAAUACUGUACAGAUGUCCCAAACAUUUUAGAGCUUCCCAUCUUCUCCUUUUGUAGGCGUAAUGUCAAUUUGUUGACUCGGUUUAUUAAAUAACCUGUGCAGGAACAUCCCAUGCACUCAGCACUUGCUGUCUGUUUACAGGAAAGGUGAGGUCUUGUCUUAGCAGUAAUUGCCAUCACUAUGAGAUGUGAGCAGCACAAGGGGCCUUGAAAACAGUUUUUCAGAACUCGUUUAUGUUGUAUUGAUUUGGGCAAUCUUAAAAUUGUAACUCCACAGAAUAAUUUUAUGUACAACAAUGAAGAAUUUCCAAAGGGUGCAUGUUAUCCCUAUACAUUUAAGCAGAAGAACUGAGUAUGUAUAUUUUUCAAGUAGAGAUAUCCUUUAAAUAUUAAGAUGCUCUUUAAACUGAAGAAGUGGGGCCACAUGCAGAAGGCAGACGAGAAGUUCGUCUUCAUGAGAAACUCGGUACAGGCUUUACUUCUGCUUUAAAUGUGAGGGUCACAGAGGAACUCAGAUUUUUAGUACAGUACCAGCGCAGCCCUGGGAAUCUCUUAAGUUGUAGAUAAGCCGGAGCAGAAAGUCUCAUCCUUUCUACAAAUUUGGCGGAGGGGAGGGAGAGAGAACCCCAGAAAGAGGCUUAAGAACGGUGUCAGCAAAAAAUCAGGUCUGUGUUUGUCCUGUUUUUGUUGAAGCGUAUGACAAGGACAAAGAAUCCAUGGAAUAAGCACAUUACUUCUUCCCAGCUGUCUGCAUCACACUUUAUUGGCACAAGGAGAAUGCACCAGAGUCUUAUCUCUAUUUUCUGUACAUUGAAAGGCAUUUUAGACAUGGGAUAAAUAACUGUAUUUUUUAAAAAAAAUAACGAAAUGGCACUUUCAAUAAUGCUUGUUGAUUUUGAAAGCUUCUGUUAUUAUUAUUAUUAUUAUUGCUGUUUUUGUUCCAAACAGUAGUGGAAAUUUCCAGUUUGUGCAGUACAAUGUCCCAAGUGAAUGUAAGUUGUUUGCCAAUUCAAAUAGCUAAGCACCUUCUCAGAAAGACAAAAAAGGGCUGUAAAGUAGCUGAGACACAAGCAGUGAUCCCUCUUAUUUAUCAAUUCAGUCAGUUCAGCAGAGCUUGGACCUGACCCCCACUCCCUCCCUGCUCUUAGCGACUCCAGUUGGUUCAUUCAGGGCUGUGUGCACAGGAAAUGUUCCAGAAGAGUCUAUGCCUCUGCUGUACUUUGUAAAAGUCAAGACAUGCCGGAGGAAAGGACUGUACUUUAAGCAAUUGUUUCAGAUAGGAUUUAUUUACAUUUUUAAAAAAGCAAUUUUGUAUAUUACCUUUCCAAUCAACCAAGAGUUUUACGGGGCUUCUCCCCAACUUUUUUUUUUUUUUUCAUUUUUGAUCUGACACGCAGAUCUGACAAUAAAAAUAAGCAACUUCCUUUAUGAAAAGAGGACUCAAUGUUGUGAACACGGAACUGGUAUAAGAGCUGCUUUUGUAUUCAGUGUGAGAUGGUGUUUACAGGUGAUUUUGACAACAGUGGAAGUAUAUUAAAUAGUGUCUGUGUAUCUGAGCUAUUUAAUUUUGUGAUCUAUUAAUAUGAAGAAAUAUUUAUAUACAUAAAAAUGCCACCGAAAUGUUUUAUUUAAAUGUUGAUAAAUAUUGCUCUUUGGUCUUCAACUGUAAUGUUCUUUUCAAGCAGAUCAUAAAAGUGUUCUUGAAACA